AUGACGAUGAAACCGGCUUAUCUCUUUACACACCCCAAAAGUGUGUCAGUAAAGCCUCUAAAGAGAACCGUUUCGCUUGGAGUAAGAGUUUUGUCUGUCGCAGCAUAUGAUAAGCAGAAUAGUCUAGAGGCCUUCAUACAGGCUGCAAUUUCGCAACCUGCCGGCCCAAUUAUGGAGUUGGAAAACAUCACCCAAAAGGAUUCAAACGAUCCAUCGUACCCAUCCUCAACCUCCCAAGAUGCGGGUAAUGCGCCAUAUAGUGGAGAUGAAGACCCGGUUGUAUUGCUUUCGCAGCCCUUACCGUCCGGGGGUGAAGAUUCAUAUCGCUGGGACGCAGUUCCCUUUUAUCGAUUACGACAAUCGACUGUUGAGCUUUUUCUCAUUGAAUUAUUCGGAGAAUCUGACUAUCAUAUCAAGUUGAAUUUAGACGUUUGGCAGUUCUGGGUCCCACGAGACCUGACAGAUGUUGAAAAGGAUAAACUGCUGGAGCAUCGCCAGUUCCACGAAACCCUAACCGGCUUGCGACGCAGAAGAAGCCCGCCACCUUUGAAUGCUUCUCAAGUAGCAUUUACUCCUCAAUUAGCCCCCCAAUGGCCCCCAGUCAGUACGACCGUCGAAUUGCAGCUUCCGAGAACUCAACUCUCUCAGACUUGUCGAAUGUGUUGGAUCAUUAUGCUUUGCUGGAUUUUGGUUUUUACUGGGAGUCUUGCGGUGGGUCUCUGGCGCUCAUUUGCAACCCAGGAUGAGGGAAAAGGCUUCACAGAUGCUGCUUAUGUUGUAGCUGCCGGAAGCAUACUUGUUUUUUCGAUUCAGAGGAUGCACAAUCAACGAUGCAGGGCGAUUAGAGAGGAACCAGGUUGA